AUGUCGUUCUUACGUGGAGUACGGGGCCUGUUACGGUCGCCGCCGAGCACAGUGCGUGCGCGCCUCAGCGCACAGCCAGCCGUGAUGCUGCGCCCUGUACGUGCCUUCCACGUCAGCAUUCGUACAGCAAGCCAAGUCAUCGCGGACCAAGAUCCGGAGACGGGCCUAUACUACCACGAGAUAGAUAAUGGCACCUAUGCAGUGAGCUUCUUGAAGCGCCCGCCAAAGAAUCCGACCAGCAUCGCGGUGAUUGCACACGUCACAUCUGCCAACAACUCGCCGGACGAACAGCUGCGGCACUCGCCGGACAAGGUGUGGAUCAACCCUGCUUUUUUCGAUGCGCUACACCAUGUUCUGAAAGCAAACGUAGCGGACGAUGAAACCCUGAUGGUCGAAGCAAAUCUGCGCAAAAAUGGAUUUGCGCACCUAUUCGCGCGGCACCACGAUGCCUGA